AGGCAGGAGAGAGAGAAUUACGUCAUCGCAACCAAAGUGCGGUUCAGCAUGGGCGUGGAGCAAAACGUGAACAACGUCGGCCUCAGCAGACGACACAUCACGGCCAGCAUCGACAAGAGCCUAGACCGGCUACACACGAAUUAUGUGGAUCUUUACCAGGUA